AUGGAUAAAAUUCCACUGGCUGUGAGCAUUCCACUGGCUCAGCAGUUUAAGCUAAGCACAGAGCAGUGUCCAAAGACAGAUUCAGAACGAAGGGAGAUGGAUAAAAUUCCUUAUGCCAGCAUAGUAGGGAGCAUAAUGUAUACUAUGGUAUGCACACGGCCAGAUCUCAGCCAUGCGAUCAGUGUAGCUAGCAGGUUUAUGUCAAAUCCUGGGAUUGAACUUUGGCAUAUGCUAAAAUGGAUUCUAAGGUAUUUGAGAGGCACAACUGAUCAUGGCAUUGUGUUUGGGACUGCAAAAACAGAUCAGAAGCAGGUAUUGAUAGGCUUCGUAUUGAUAGGCUUCUGUGACUCAGACUAUGCAGUAAGCAUUGAUACAAGAAAAUCUCAAUCUGGAUAUGUUUUCUGUCUUUAUGGGAGUGUGGUAAGCUGGAAAUCGAGUUUACAAUCUGUUGUUGCGCUAUCCACUACAGAGGCGGAGUAUAUUGCUCUAGCAGAGGCAGUUAAGGAAAGUUUUUGGCUCAAAGGAAUUCUGGCCGACUUUAGAGUUGAGCAAGAGGCUGUGGAGAUUAGGUGUGAUAGUAGCAGUGCUAUCUGCUUGUCCAAACACCAAACAUUCCAUGAGCGAAGUAAGCAUGUGGAUGUAAGGCUACAUUUCAUCAGAGAUGAGGUGAAUAAGGGGUUGGUUAAAGUUGCCAAAGUUUCUACAAAGGAGAACGCGACAGAUAUGCUCACAGGGACGAAACCAGAAACUUAUACAAGCCGAUGCUGA